UUAGCAGUUUAUAGUUACUAAAAUAAUUGCAUUUCCAUGUUGUGUGUACUGUGGGAGACCAGAUAUAGUGAAUGCAGGUUCCGGGGAGACCCGAUAUAAUGAAUGCAGGGUCCGGGGAGACCCGAUAUAGUGAAUGCAGGGUCCGGGGAGACCCGAUAUAGUGAAUGCAGGGGUCCGGGGAGAGCAGAUAUAGUGAAUGCAGGGUCCUGGGAGACCAGAUAUAGUGAAUGCAGGGUCCGGGGAGACCCGAUAUAGUGAAUGCAGGGUCCGGGGAGAGCGGAUAUAGUGAAUGCAGGGUCCGGGGAGAGCAGAUAUAGUGAAUGCAGGGUCCGG